AUGAGAUUGGAUCACAUUGCUUUGCUCGCUGCCGUGGCUGGAUCUGCGGCAGCAUCCCCCGUCAAGAGCCACACAAAGAGAGCUUCGCCCUUCAAAUGGUUCGGUACGAGUGAAUCAGGAGCUGAGUUUGGCGAAGGCAACCUUCCCGGUACUUUUGGAACCGACUACACUUUCCCAGAUGUCGAUACCAUUAAGACUUUGAACGGUCUUGGACUGAAUAUCUUCCGGGUUCCGUUCCUCAUCGAGCGGAUUGCACCAAGCUCCUUGGCAGGGGCUCUGGAUGAUACCUAUCUGAGCAAGCUGGCUUCGGUGGUGAAAUCAAUCACCGACACAGGAGCUCAUGCCGUGCUUGAUCCGCACAAUUUCGGAAGAUACAACGGCAACAUCAUCUCGAGUGCCUCUGACUUUCAAGCGUUCUGGAAGAAACUUGCAGGCGAAUUCGCGUCGAACAAGCUCGUCGUUUUUGACACUAACAACGAGUUCCAUGACAUGGAUCAAGACCUCGUGCUGAAGCUCAACCAGGCAGCCAUCGAUGGCAUUCGCGCAGCUGGAGCAACCUCCCAGUACAUCUUCGUGGAGGGCAACUCAUACACAGGCGCUUGGACCUGGACGGAUGUGAACGACAAUCUGAAGGACCUGACAGAUCCACAGGACAUGAUCGUUUACGAGAUGCACCAAUAUCUCGACUCGGACGGAUCAGGAACAAGCGAGACCUGUGUGUCCACCACGAUCGGAAAGGAACGAGUGACUGCUGCGACAAAGUGGCUGCAGGACAACAAGAAGGUCGGUGUUUUGGGCGAGUUCGCGGGUGGUGUGAAUGAUCAGUGCAAGACGGCGAUCACCGGGAUGCUCGAUUAUCUUGGCGAUAACUCGGACGUCUGGCUGGGUGCUAUGUGGUGGGCUGCUGGCCCUUGGUGGGGUGAUUACAUCUUCAGUCUGGAGCCGACGAGUGGCACCGCAUACAAGGGUAUGCUGUCGACGCUGAAGCCAUACUUCGUAUAG